GCUCUCCCAGAAGCCGGAAGUGACGCGUGUUGCUGUCGGAAGAGUAACUGAGCGUGUGACGUCAUUGUAAAAUGGCUGACCCGGACGGCGAGGAGCUGAGGAAGCAGGUGUGAAGACGCUGCGUUGGCCGUCAUGCCGUCACCUUCUCACGGCGAGCGCCUCCUGGAGCGCCUCAGGAAGCAGCGAGACGGGGACUUCCUGUGCGACUGCACCGUGGCCAUAGGGGAGGCGCGCUUCCGGGCCCACCGCAACGUCCUGGCCGCGUUCAGCCGGUACUUCAAGUUGAGCUGCGGCGCGGGGGACGCUUGCACCGCAUCCCUCGACCCCGAAUUCGUGAACGAAGCCGCCUUCCAGAAGCUUCUGGACUUUGUGUACACUGGCGACCUUCCCCUGCACAGUGGCAAUGUGAGUGAGAUCUACAAAGCAGCAAUGUUCCUGGAGAUGGCCGAGGUUGUAUCCCAGUGUACGCUCCUCCAGAACAAUAUCAAGGUGGAGCAACUUGGGACGAUUACAGCAGGGGAUGCAUCUGAAGCGGAGGUCACUUCUGGUCCAAAUGACUCCUGUAUCCUGGAGCCAGAGAACAGUAUGGAGACCACUGAAGGGGACCAGCACCAAAAGACGACAGUGGCAGAAACCCAAACGCCCAGCACAAAGACAGCUCGGCCGGUGGGCAGGAGAGACAGGAAGGCCAAGGCCAGGCGUGACAUGAGUAACAACAGCCCAUCCAAAGACACAAGACAGCAGAGGGGUGGGCCGAGACAGAAGAGGGAAGCAGAUGCCACCGAUGGCCCAGGAGUUAGAGCAAUAGAGCCCAUGUCCGUAGACAACGGCAGCGACUUGGAGGACGAGCAGUCCCUGCAGAAGUCCGCUGGGAAAGGGAGACCGAGGAGGAGUCUGAGAAAUAGCGGCAGGCAGAAAGAGAACUGCAGUAGCGUAGCACACGCUUCUAAGCUGGAUGGUGAGCAGGGUGACCCUUCGACGCCGGGGGGGCGGCGGCCCAAAGAGAAGCCCGUGUGCAGUACCUGCGGGAAGACGUUCUCGGAGUCGAGCAGUCUGCGAAGGCACAUACGUAUCCACAAGGGCGUCAAGCCUUACGAGUGCCAGCUCUGCGGCCGAGCCUUCAGACAGGGCAACCAGCUGAAGACGCAUGUCCGAACCCACACGGGGGAGAAGCCGUACCAGUGCACUCAGUGCACCAAGGGCUUUGCUCAAAAAUGCCAGCUGGUCUUCCACUGCCGCAUGCACCACGGUGAAGAGAAGCCAUACAAGUGUGAGGUCUGCGGCUUGCAGUUUGCUACCUCCAGCAACUUCAAGAUACACACAAGGAAGCACAGUGGGGAGAAGCCCUACGAGUGCAGCAGCUGCGGGAAGCACUUUGCGCAGGCCAGCACCUUGACGUACCACAUGCGCAGGCACACCGGCGAGAAGCCGUACGUGUGCGACACCUGCGGGAAGGCAUUCGCUGUGUCCAGCUCCCUAAUCACCCACUCGCGGAAGCACACGGGUGAGACACCCUACAUGUGCCUUGUGUGUGGGAAGGGAUUCAUGUCCUUUGGAGAGCUCAACAAGCACUUCACAUCUCACACAGGUUCAAAGCGUGUCGAGUGUGAAUUCUGUGGGAAUUCCUAUACGGAUGUGAAGUACCUGAGAAAGCACAUUGCCAAGGUGCACAAAGAUGAGCAGAACCAGGACCCUGAGCACGUUUCCUUUCCACUCAACAUCCCCAUCGACCACCAGGCACUGAUUGCCCGCAUGCUGCCAGAGGCAGCCGAUCCUCCAGUGGCACCCCAGGCAGCACCAUUCCCACCGGUGCUGGAAGAGCCCAUCGUUCAGCAAGAGUCGCAGUUUAUCUACCUCGAGCCACUCGACUGAGGUCCGGUGCCCCAAUUCACAGUCUCACGGCCUGCGGCCUUUAGCCCUACAUUCACUAGGCUGCCAAGAUGAACUGUGCUUAGACACAUGCGCAAAGGUGGGACUGCAGUCCAGAGUAGGAAGUCGGGCUGGAACAGUUCAGAACCAAUGUUGUGAACCACUGGCUUCCACCUGAUCCCCCCCCCCGCUUGUCUACAUUCAUGUGAAAGAGCUCAACUGGCACAUGGUCUUGGUUCCACUGGAGCGCUGCUGGACUUUUAGUGACGCAGUUUAGGCAAAGUACCUUCUCAAGGGUACAACGGAAGGGUCUCCCCUGGGGUGUGCACCUUUUAUCAAAUGUCCAGCUCCUCCUAGCGACAGCUAGGCUGAGCUCUUCCAACCUAUUGGAUCCCAUGUCUUGAACAGAUACCUGCCAUUAUUCUUCAAUUUCUUGUUGGUUCUUCUCAAAAUCCAUCCGCUGUUCUCUGAAAACCAUGAAUUCGGUGGAUUUACGACACUGACACAUUUUGUUGGAAGACUUGGAGGUUGUGGAUGGACCAAAAAAUGUUUUUUUUUUUUUUUUUAAAUUCACGGAUUUGAUUCUCCUCCUUCACUUGGAUUUCUGUGUAAAAACAGGGUUUUAAAUGAGCUCCAGUGAGCACAGUAACGUAAAGCAUUCAUUACACAGUUCAUUGUGAACAGCUGAGUGUAACAGGUGAGGUAACAGACUGGCUGUAAAAACUGCAAUGAUGUGCCUUUAAUGAUGUUUCCUAGUGAUUAAUCAUGCAUACACUCUAUGAACUGUAA